AUGAACAGCAGCCCGGUGGGCGAUAACACUAGGGUCUACAUCGCGGCCGCCAACACUGCCGGCAUCUCCGGUGGUAAGGACAUUCCGCCGGUGUGCACCAACUGGGGAAUUUAUCAGUAUGCCGACUUCUUGCUGGAUCCCACCAACCCCAACUGGGUCGCCAGCAAGGUCGCUCGCUACUCUGAUGCCCUCAACAUGACAUUGCAGACCCUAGAGCCGGGCGAGGGCGGUGAUACAUCUCCCGACGCAUGGGACAGGUUGAACAAGGCCAAGGAGAGGUUGCAGAUCUACAAGAAGGAAAUGGACGAGGCCAAGAAGCAGGCCAUGGAGGAUUUCAAGGAAGAUGAUAACCCGGACAAGCCCCAAUUUUUCGCUCAGUGGGCCCCUCUGAACGCCAACGCUUACCUGGUUGCAGUACAGAACUGGGAGGGCGCUGCCAACGAAGUCCAGAUGCGAACCAACGCCAUUGGCGGUUCUGGUUCUGCUCUGCUGGCCGAAGCCAUGAAACGGGCUGCCAACGGAACGAACACACUGACCGAAUUGAAAGGAUUCAAUAUGAAGGCUAGCAUUCAGUCGGUCACCUACGAUGCCAGUGGAAGGCCAAUCAUUCCUGACCCCCUCGUAACCCAAUAUGUACCCCAGUACUCCAUCCAGGGCUAUGCAUCUCUACUCGACGGCUGGGUCGCCAACUCAAACCAGAAGCCGUCCGAGUUCGGGAUCAACCUAUCCACCGGCCAGAAAUCUUCUUACAAAGAUAUUGGUUUCACUGAGGCACAGGGAAAUGCGUCUUUCAGCCGAUUUCCCGUGUUUGGCUUCUAUACCAGUGGAGGCGGACGAGUCGAGCACUCGAACUUCGACAUGAGCUCGAACGCCAAGGAUGUGGAUGUCAAGCUUAAGAUCAAGCACUACAAGACAGUCCCCUUCGAGCCCGGUGCCUGGAACGUCGAUGUCAACGGCCUCAUAGCCAAGCUGGGGGCUAAGGCUCCGGCCAUGUUCCAGAAGGUGCGCCCCACGCAGAUGCUUAUCGCUCAGGGCGUCAGCAUGGAGAUCACCUUCAGUGGCGAUGCCAAGACGGCCUUUGACAAGGACUACAGGAAGACGGUUCAAGGUGGCGGCGGCGUUAGCAUUUUCGGAUUCCGCAUUGGUGCCUCCGGCUCCUCCUCCGAGGAGAACGCGUCUCACGGUAACACUUGGGACGCCAGCUCCGGCGUCCUCACUAUCAACGCCGAGAACUCUCGAGCGUCCGCUAAUGUGCUGGCCGUCAUGGGCGAGAUUGUCAGCGCUUAG